AUGGCUGGGUACCGUGCAGACAUUGUGUACACAGACGAAGAGGGCAACCGAUAUGUGCAGAACUACCGGUAUGGCAAGAUUCUCUCAACGACGCCCAUCUCGGCCAAGGUGCAGCAGGAUCAUCAUCGUCCCAGUGUCAAGGAAUUCCGUCAGUUCAUUGACAGAGCCAGCGACUGGUGCCGCUCCUUCGAGGUCAUGGCCCAGGAAAAUGACGAGGCGAAACGACGCAUGGACGAACUCACCCGGCAAGCGGAGGAGGCGGUCUAUGAACGCGACAGAGAGAUGAAGCGGCAUUCGCGGGACCACAAAGAGUGGCAGCUGGUCGUCCAGGAGAAGACAAGAGAGGCCGAAGAAGUGGACAAGGCCAACCAACACCUGGCCAAGCGGGUGGCGGAACUCGAAGCGCGCUGUCGAGACAUGAAGCGUGAUAACCAGACGCUCCUGGAAGGAGGGCGAGAGGACCUGACGCUGGAGGAGCUUCUGUCUCUCGAAGCGGCCCUGGAGAGGCGCGUGUGCAUGGAGCGCGAGAAGGAGAUGGCAUUCAUCCCCUGUGGCCAUCGGGCUUGUUGCAAACUGUGCAGCGACAAGCUCGAUCUGUGCCCGCUGUGCCGAGAACGCAUCACCAGCAAACUGCACAUCUUCGACUGA